AUGACUGGCCAGAGCCUGUGGGACCUGUCGGAGGCCAACGUCGAGGAUGGAGAGAUCCGCAUCAACGUAGGCGGCUUCAAGAAGCGGCUGCGCUCGCACACGCUGCUGCGCUUCCCCGAGACGCGCCUGGGCCGCCUGCUGCUCUGCCACUCGCGCGAGGCCAUUCUGGAGCUCUGCGACGACUAUGACGAUGUCCAGCGUGAGUUCUACUUUGACCGCAACCCCGAGCUCUUCCCCUACGUGCUACAUUUCUACCACACCGGCAAGCUUCAUGUCAUGGCGGAGCUGUGCGUCUUCUCCUUCAGCCAGGAGAUCGAGUACUGGGGCAUCAACGAGUUCUUCAUCGACUCCUGCUGCAGCUACAGCUACCACGGCCGCAAAGUGGAGCCCGAACAGGAGAAGUGGGACGAGCAGAGCGACCAGGAGAGCACCACGUCCUCCUUCGAUGAGAUCCUGGCCUUCUACAACGAUGCAUCCAAGUUCGAUGGGCAGCCCCUGGGCAACUUCCGCAGACAGCUGUGGCUGGCGCUGGACAACCCCGGAUACUCGGUCCUGAGCAGGGUCUUCAGCGUCCUGUCCAUCCUCGUGGUGAUGGGGUCCAUCAUCACCAUGUGUCUCAACAGCCUGCCGGACUUCCAAAUCCCUGACAGCCAGGGCAGCCCUGGCGAGGACCCCAGGUUCGAAAUCGUGGAGCACUUUGGCAUCGCCUGGUUCACAUUUGAGUUGAUGGCCAGGUUUGCUGUGGCCCCUGACUUCCUCAAAUUUUUCAAGAAUGCCCUAAACCUUAUCGACCUCAUAUCCAUCGUCCCCUUUUACAUCACUCUGGUGGUAAACCUGGUUGUGGAGAGCACACCUACCUUGGCCAACCUGGGCAGGGUGGCCCAGGUCCUCAGGCUGAUGCGGAUUUUCCGCAUCUUAAAGCUGGCCAGACACUCCACUGGCCUCCGCUCCCUGGGGGCCACACUUAAAUACAGCUACAAAGAAGUAGGGCUGCUUUUGCUCUACCUCUCUGUGGGGAUUUCCAUCUUCUCCGUAGUGGCCUACACUAUCGAAAAGGAGGAGAAUGAGGGCCUGGCCACCAUCCCCGCUUGCUGGUGGUGGGCCACCGUCAGUAUGACCACUGUAGGGUAUGGGGAUGUGGUCCCAGGGACCACGGCAGGGAAGCUGACCGCCUCUGCCUGCAUCUUGGCUGGUAUCCUAGUGGUGGUACUGCCCAUUACCUUGAUCUUCAAUAAGUUCUCCCACUUUUAUCGGCGCCAAAAGCAACUCGAGAGUGCCAUGCGCAGCUGUGACUUUGGGGAUGGAAUGAAGGAGGUCCCUUCCGUCAAUUUAAGGGACUACUAUGCCCAUAAAGUUAAAUCCCUCAUGGCGAGCCUGACGAACAUGAGCAGGAGCUCGCCAAGCGAACUAAGUUUAAAUGAUUCCCUGCAUUAG